AUGGUAAGCUCUUGCUUCCUCCAGAGACGAUGUCUCCGCAUGGAAGAGGCCAACCCGCACCGCGCGUUCCACCGCGACUAUGACGUGCCGAAAGACAUGCAGGUGGAUUCGAUCCUCUGUGCCCCUGUCAUUAUGCACCGUCGAGCUGCCGCAGUAAUUCAGCUUUUGAACCGUUUAGAUACGACAGAGCGAGUGGCAACCCCACAAGAUAUCAAGGACGAGUUUAGCACCGAAGUCAGACUGCAAAGGCUCAAGAGUGUCAACGCAAUGGUGGAAACAGGGUUUUCGACCAAGGAUGAACAGAAACUAAUGCACUUCACCAUACACAUUGCGGUGCGCUAA